AUGUGUCGAGAUCGCCCGGGAGGCCCUGAACGCCGGCGACCGCGAGAAGGCCCAGCGUUUCCUGCAGAAGGCCGAGAAGCUCUACCCACUGCCCUCGGCCCGCGCAUAAACAAAUGUAAAAAUUACUAUGAAGUACUUGGAGUUACCAAAGAUGCUGGUGAUGAAGAUUUGAAAAAAGCUUAUAGAAAGCUUGCUUUGAAGUUUCAUCCAGACAAAAACCAUGCACCUGGAGCAACAGAUGCUUUUAAAAAGAUUGGAAAUGCUUAUGCUAUUUUAAGCAAUCCAGAAAAACGAAAACAGUAUGACCUCACAGGCAAUGAAGAACAAGUGUGUAAUCCACACAGCAAUGGUAGAUUUAAUUUCCAUAGAGGUUGUGAAGCUGAUAUAACUCCAGAAGACUUGUUUAAUAUAUUCUUUGGUGGUGGAUUUCCUUCAGGCAGUGUACAUUCAUUUUCAAAUGGGCGAGCUGGUUAUAGCCAUCAACAUCAGCAUCGACAUAGUGGACACGAAAGAGAAGAAGAAAGAGGAGAUGGAGGUUUUUCUGUGUUCAUUCAGCUGAUGCCCAUUAUUGUGUUGAUCCUUGUGUCAUUACUAAGCCAGUUGAUGGUCUCUAAUCCUCCUUAUUCCUUAUACCCCAGAUCUGGAUCGGGGCAUACUAUUAAAAUGCAGACAGAAAACUUGGGUGUCAUUUAUUAUGUCAACAAGGACUUCAAAAAUGAAUAUAAAGGAAUGUUAUUACAAAAGGUAGAAAAGAGUGUGGAAGAAGAUUAUGUGACUAAUAUUCGAGAUAAUUGCUGGAGAGAGAGACAACAGAAAAUAGAUAUGCAGUAUGCAGCAAAAGUGUACCGUGAUGAUCGACUUCGAAGGAAGGCAGAUGCCUUGAGCAUGGACAACUGUAAAGAAUUGGAGCGGUUGACCAGUAUUUAUAAAGGAGGAUGAACUGGAAUUUUAUUUAUACCUUUUACUAUACUAUUUAUUUUUUCUGUGAGUUUAGUUUCAUCAUGAGAGCUAACGAAAAAGAUUUGUUGUUAAAAACUAAACUGAAUAGUUGGUCCUUGAAAUCUUGGACUGUUUAUGACCUACUGACUCCUUUAAAUAGUAAGAAACUAACAACUAAAAUUAAUAUUUUAGUUACGCUUCUGUAAUUAUUUUCACUUUAAAAGCUUAUAUGAUUACUAACUAAAAAUGUCUCAAGAAAAGAUUAUCACACCUGUAGCAGUUUCCAGUUUUAGUGAUUCGCCAUUUUUCCCUUGUUAUGUAAAUAUUUAUGGAAUGAUCAUUUUGUGUACAUACAGGUUGUUGCCUUUUUAUUUAAAUUCUUUUAGUGUUUAGCUCCAUGAGACACUUCAGUUUAAAUUGAUGGAAUAAAUGUUCUGUGACAAAAGUACAUGUUCCUUGUCAGAUAUCGAAUGUGUAGAGUUUAAACACUGAAACUUUUUCAGAAAGAAAAAAACAAAAGCUGUUUAACUUUGUGUAAAACCUUGUAGCAUUAUUAGCUAUUUUAAUAUUGCCAUUGUAUUCCAAAAUAUAUAUUGAGAUAAAUGAACUGGUAUAGAAUAUCAAUUUGCUAUUUAUUUAGUUUUAUGAAUUGAUAAGCCAUGCAUAGAAAUGAAAUGCUAUACUGAUAGAUUUUAAAGAAAAUGGCUAUAUAGAUAUUAAACAAAAAGGGUCUUCAACAGUAAAUUGUAGUUAUGUCAUUUGCAAUUUCAGUUAUUAAAAUGCCCCCAAAUGUUCAUAUACAGGGAAGGGCAAAAGUAGGUUUACAGUUUUAAUACAAUAACUAAUUAAUAAUAAUACAAGAAUAAACUGUUUCAUAUACUCACAACAGUAAACCUACUUUUGCCAACCCUUGUACAUGUCUUUGAAGGCUGCUAAAAUUUAUGAAAAGGAGAACCUACCUGUUCCCUCCACCCCGUGGAAAUUUUCAGUUUCUUCUUAGUGAUCAUUUAAACAGAAUUCAAAAGUAAAUGGAUUCUUCCAUAGAUAAAAGGAAAAAUUAAUACUUUGCUUUGUGCCUUUUACCCUGAUUGCCAACUCUUAAACAUAUAAGUAGAUUACAGCACAUUUGUGUGAUCAGGGCAUGAUCUGUUUGGCCACAUGCAACAGUGAGCAGAAAUACAACGGCAGGUAGAAUAGUGAUUUAUAGCAAGUUAUCCGUAUAAAAUUCUGAGCUAAAAUCUAUUCACCAUUGAGUAAUUCAAUUAAUCCUCUAGGAAUAAGCACCUUGUAGUUAAAUCCAUAAUAUAAAUUUGAAAAAUAAAAUGGAAAUUGAAGUUUUUAGUGCCUAAAUUGGGUAUGGAACUAGUUGAUUUCUAAUCUUCUGUGUUUAACAUGAUACUAUUUUAAUAAUUUUGCUUCAUGCUCAGUUAAUGGAACAUGAACACAUCUUCAGUAGUUUUUUGUGUCUGUGUGAGAGAAUGCUAGUUAAAAUGGCAGUAUUCCUUUGUUUAAAGAUUUUUUUUCUGAAAGUAGUCAAUUUGUAGCAUCUGUUGAAACUGAUUACCAUUCUUUUAAAAAUGUUCUCUUCUUUUCUAUCUAUCCCCUUUCCAGAUGAAUCAAUAGAAAUGCCUGAUUGAAUUAGUAAGUUAAACUAAACAACAUAUUGUCUUAGGAAAACUGGACAGCUUAAACAACUUUCUUUUAGAAAUGCCACCUUUAAAAAAAUAGCAGUGCUUAAGGAAAAUAAAAUUUAAAAAAUUUUUUGAACCUGUAGAAUUAAUUUUUUAAAAGAAACACAGCAUUCUAAUUAACUUUGAAAGUCCAUAUGCAUCAGGAAAUUUAUAAAUGAAAAAUUUCAUCCAUUUAUUUUUCCAUUUUAUUAGGAUAUUUACACAACUAUGUUUGAUGGUAUGUGAAUUGACUCUUAUUGACUGAUUCUUUGUUCCUUAAUCCUGACUUUAAGGAGACAGCUGAAGUUAUCAAAAUAAGUAAAAUUAUAUAUUAAGAAGUCAUACAUGGCUUUUGGACAGUAUUAUAUUUCAAUUGCAUUGCUACAUUUCAUUAAAUGUUCGGGGAAAUGUCUUUGAUAAAAUUUUCAAACAACUGUGGAAAAUGACUGAUUGAGUGCCUGAAAUAUAAGCUACAUAUAAAAUAUGCAACUAAAGAUUAAGUCCUUAAUGUUACCUCUAUCAUGGUGUAAAGGCCCAACCAAGUGUGUUAGAAUAGACUUUAGCUAUCUUAAGAUGUAAGAUUUUCAUAUUUUUUGCUACUUAAAAAUCCCAACAUUUUGUCAUCUUAGUUUUACCUACAAGAACUUUGAAAUUUCAUUUGAAAACUUGUACUGUUCAAUUUAAUCAUUGCCUAAAACCUUCACUCUUUAAGUACUGCUUUACUAGCUUUUCAUACUAGUAUUUUAGAAGUUUGGCAGCAAUUAUUUUUAUUAAUGCUUUACAAUUUUAACCCUUUUUAUACACAUACACAGACAUUGUCCUUGUGA